AUGGCAAUGGCGCCGAUUAAUGCUUUUGAUUCAUCCAGGUCUUCAUUGUCGUCAUCUUUCAAUGGUGAAAACAAUGGGCCGUGGAUAUCGUCCCAAUCUUCCGCGCAUCUUUCGCGGUCCGAAUCAAUGCCUGCUUUCCAUGCAACCGUGGAUAAAAUCCAAGAAGAUCAUUUUGAAGCUGCUAAAAGCAUAGUGUUAAAAGAUGACCUUCUUCGUACUGAAUUGGAGCGAGGCAUAACCGAGGAUUGUUACCGUCUUCGGGAGUUUCUUCAGGCAGCCAGGAUUCUCAACGAAGUGUCACCACGAUCAAGAGAUUUAAUCAUGGGUAUCGGCGAGCGCUUAGCAUGCCGUCUUGUGGUAGCUGCAUUAGAAGAACGCGGCAUUCGUGCUGAACUUGUUACGUUAGAAACGAUUGUUGAUGAGCUCGAUGAAGAAGUCUUGCGGCCGGCAUCUACUUCCUAUGAAAGCUCGAACUACCUCGAACAGUCAUUUUAUGAUCGUCUUUCAACCGCUUUGGCAAACCGCAUCAUGCAAUGCGAAGGGGUUCCAGUCGUUACGGGUUAUUUCGGUAAUGUGCCAGGCUCACUACUGAGUCAAGUGGGCCGCGGCUACACUGACUUGUGCGCGGCACUUUGUGCUGUGGGACUUAAAGCGGAUGAGCUUCAAAUUUGGAAAGAAGUGGAUGGAGUUUUUACAGCCGAUCCACGCAAAGUUCCUACAGCCCGCCUGGUGCCUGCUAUAACGCCAGAGGAGGCUGCGGAACUCACUUAUUAUGGUAGCGAGGUGAUCCAUCCUUUUACUAUGGAACAGGCGAUUAAGAAAUCUGUUCCCAUCCGCAUAAAAAAUGUUGAGAAUCCAACAGGUUGCGGUACUGUGAUUUUCCCCGACCAUAUUUCACCAUCUGUCGACGACGAUAUCAAACACGAUCCCUUCGUGGAUGGGCACGUGGAGCAACCAGAGCCACCACUCAACGGUCUUUCGACCCCUAUGCACAGUCGCCAGCAGCAAAAAGAGCCUCGGAAGACACCCACGGCUGUCACUAUCAAAGACAAUAUUAUCGUUCUUAAUGUUCACAGCAACCGCAAAACUAUCAGCCACGGAUUCUUUGCAGGAAUUUUUGGCACGCUUAACCGCUAUGGUGUUGUGGUAGAUUUGAUCUCCACUUCCGAAGUGCACGUCUCGAUGGCGAUGACUGCUGACAUCAAAGCCCGAACCCUCGAGCGCUUGAGUGCAGAGCUUGAACACAUUGGGACUGUCAGUAUUUUGCGAAACAUGGUAAUUUUGAGUCUGGUCGGAAAAGAGAUGCGUCAAAUGGUUGGUGUUGCAGGGCGUAUGUUUAGUACACUCGCAGAAGGAAACGUGAACAUUGAAAUGAUUAGCCAGGGUGCUAAUGAAAUCAACAUAUCGUGUGUAAUUCACGAAGGAUCAGCAUUAAAAGUACGUAUAUCUAAUAACUCACUGCCCCUUACACACAAAGGCGUUGAACCUCAUUCACUAUUCCAUACUUGA